AUGACUCUUCCAAAGGUAUUAAUUGUGGGUGCUGGCGGCAUUGGAACUAUCAAUGCACUUGCACUUGAUCUCAAUGGUAAAGCCGAUGCUACAUUGGUUGUACGUUCUGAUUAUAAUUUGGUGAAAGAGAAGGGUUAUGAGAUCAAUAGCUCCAUGUAUGGAAACUUCCAUAAUUGGCGUCCCAACCACUUUGUACCUUCUAUAGAUGUGGCGGCAAAGGAGCAUGGUCCAUUUGAUUUUAUUAUGGUAACCACAAAGAAUAUUCCCGAUGGACCAUCUUCAUGCGAAUCUAUAAUUGAAUCCGCCGUGACUCCUGGAUUUACUACCAUUGUACUUAUGCAGAAUGGUAUUGAUAUUGAGGUGCCAAUGAAGAAGGCGUUCCCCAAUAACGUUGUACUUUCAGGAGUCAUUUAUAUAGGCAGUUCCAAUGAGAAUGGAGUGGUCACUGCUAAAGGUACCGAUACAAUUAGAAUUGGAAGUUUCAAUGAUAACCCAAAAGAAUUUGCAGCAAUGGAAAAAUUUGCUGAAAUAUAUCAAAUAGAAGGUAAAAACACAGUUGUGGUAGAUCAUGAAUGUCGGAAAGCCAGAUGGGAGAAAUUGGUUUAUAAUGUUAGUUUCAACCCUCUUACUGCCAUAGUUAAUAUGGAUGUUAAUCGAUGCCAAAUCCAUGGUGCUAAUGAGACUUUGAUUAGACCCGCAAUGAGGGAACUUAUUGCAAUAGCCAAGAGUGAUGGUUAUGAUAUACCAGAGAAGACUAUGGAGUUCUUUAUUCAUAUUGGUGAUGGGUUCUUCUACUGUCCUUCGAUGUGUAUCGAUACCAGAAAGAAACAGUUGAUGGAGAUUGAGGUUAUCUUGGGGAACCCUUUGAAAGUUGCAGAAAAGAACGGUGUAGAUGCUCCUAUAUUAAAUACAUUCUACAAUUUGCUCAAAUUGAAACAAAUGCAGUUGAAAGAAGAUAAGGGUUUAGUCAAGAUCGAUAAGGAAGAUUAUGUAGGUAACAACUCUGAUGAAUAUCCAUCAAUUUUCAUUGAAAAGAACAACUUAAAAUGA